GUUGUUGGCAUCCGCCCACAGUGACAGCAGAACAGGCUGUGUUAUGUAGUGUGUUGAAAAUCAAUUACCCUUACAUUGCUGUUAAUAAGAAUAGAGGAUGAUCAAUUUCACACUAUUGUUUACGUCAGAACACGUACUGACUAGCUUUAGUUCUACAUAUUUCAGAAAAAGGCCUAACUACCAGAUAUGAAUGAAACCUGCUAAGGUUAUGUUUUCGGUGAACAGUUCCCUUUUUCUUACUCAGUUUCAAGAUCACUUCAUCAUGGCAAGACAAGAUUCAGAAGCUGAUGACUUUUGGAACUCCAGUAGCAUCAAGUCUUUUAAUUUUGAUGAUGAGGAGACAGGUGGGGCAUUAUUUGGAGUGUCCAAAAGUGGCACAGCUCGCCUCUCGCAACAAGUGCGAGCUUCUCUCCCUGGUGAAGAUUUUGGAGGAACCAGCGACUCAUUGACAGGUUCAACAUCGACUACUCCAUCAAAUACUGCCCCACCGCUCAGAUCUCUUAUUUCUGAAAACUGUCUGGCUUCCAUUUUGGAAGCUGAUCUACCAGAUGCAGUCUAUGGGGGUCGAACGAAAAAAAAUGACAUGAAACCUGAGGAAGAAAUACGCAUGCUCAAACGUCAAGUCCAGGAAAGAUGGGAUGCACCGCCUGUUGAUUUGACCAUAAAAAAUAUCUUCCUUGGUCGUCCACACUCUCUUGAACCUUAUAGAAGCCUGUCUAGUAAACAUCUCUUGCUGGAUGCGGCGAUUAACUUAGGAGAUGGAAAUGCUAUAUUAGAGGUUGUCUUAUUUCUCGUGCGGACUUUGAAGAAGAGUUUGGUUCAUCAGAUUCUUGCUGCCAAUCCUGUUGCAGCUGCUCACUAUGCUAGAUAUCUUGCCACAAGAUUACAAGCCACUGAACUCACUGAUCUUUUAGUGAUGCUUGGGAAAAGCCGUGAAGCAGCAAUGAAACAAUAUCAAUUGUGCACUGCAACCCAAAGUGUACAGCGACAGAUUCAGAAACUGAAAUUGUGCAUCAGCAGCCACUUUGUUCAAGGAGACCCUAAUCUUAAGAAGAUAGCUCAAAAUCAUGUAGCAUUACUAGAAUGGGAGCAGGCAGUUGGAGCCAUGGACAGUGAAGAUUUAGUUGGAAAGUCAGCUGUUGGAUGUUUAGCUCAUGCUUGCCGUCUACACUGGGAUGAUCCUCGAGGAAGCCCAACAAACCCAUUUUCUUUGGCCCAGCUUCAUGGUGUCUGUGAGAAACAAGUGCAAUGGACGAUUCUCUCUGAGAGAGCGUCACAACAAGCUUGGCCAGAUAUCGACUCAGUUUUCAUUACUAAGAAUUGGAUUGGUAGUGGCACAAAAUUAAAAUUGGCUUUGCCAAUUGAAAAGGUAGUGAUUCAACUGCAUUCCAAGGGAGCUCCAGCGGAUGUUCUAUCAAAAUAUUUAGGAUUUGUCGAUGGUCAAGAAAGACGGAUCGCUUUAGCGCAGCAGCUUGGGUGUCAUAAAGUGGUGAUUGAUGGCUAUGCUGCCCUACGUGACCGACAGGGCUUGCAAGGUUACAAAGCAACUUUACAUCCGGGAUCAGAAUCCUUUCUUUAUGCUGAAGGGGUACUGAGAGUAUCCACCACCAAAUGGAAGAACUGAUCAAAUUGACUUUUCAAUUAAAACAAGACUUAUUUCCUGGUUCUAUCAAACAAAGUUUGGACAAGGUAACUGAGAAAUGUAAAAUUGUAACUCUGUCUAAACUCAAAGGAGGAGGGAAAAAAAGUAGCAACAUGUAUGUUCACAAGAAUUUUUAAUUAUUGUAUAAAACAACAAUACUCUACAACA